CCUCUCGGUUCUCCUCGUUCCCUUCUCCGCCCCGCAAUAUGCACCAGAAUGGCAGCCGCCUCCGCCGCUGGAUCCGCCGUUGUUGCUCUUAAUUCCGCUGGGAUCUCUCACCGCAAGUUCGCCAGUGUCAGGCAGGUUGCGUUGCCGGUGAAGCUUCCGGGCUCGAUUAAUUUGCAAUGCAGACCCAUGGGAUCCGUUUCUUCUUCAGGCAUAAAAGCCCAGGUGGCCACCGUUGAACAAGUGAGUACUGAGGCAGCACAGAAAGUAGAAGCUCCAGUUGUUGUUGUUACUGGAGCCUCCAGAGGAAUUGGGAAAGCUGUUGCUCUGGCUCUGGGAAGAGCUGGUUGCAAGGUUUUGGUUAAUUAUGCAAGGUCGUCAAAGGAGGCAGAAGAGGUUUGCAAAGAGAUAGAGGCAUCUGGUGGACAGGCUCUUACUUUUGGUGGAGAUGUUUCCAAAGAAGCAGAUGUUGAAUCCAUGAUAAAAACCGCAAUUGAUGCAUGGGGAACUAUUGAUGUUUUGAUCAACAAUGCAGGAAUUACAAGGGAUGGUUUGUUGAUGAGAAUGAAGAUGUCUCAAUGGCAGGAGGUCAUUGAUCUAAACCUUACUGGCGUGUUCCUAUGCACACAGGCAGCUGCUAAAAUAAUGAUGAAGAAGAGAAAGGGAAGGAUAAUAAACAUUGCAUCUGUUGUUGGUCUUGUGGGCAAUGUCGGCCAAGCCAAUUAUAGUGCUGCAAAAGCAGGGGUAAUUGGACUCACGAAGACAGUUGCCAAGGAAUAUGCAAGCAGAAAUAUAACUGUAAAUGCUGUUGCUCCUGGAUUCAUUGCAUCUGAUAUGACUGCUAAGCUCGGGGCGGACUUUGAGAAAAAGAUAUUGGAGGCCAUCCCAUUGGCAAGGUACGGUCAACCAGAAGAAGUUGCCGGGUUGGUUGAAUUCUUGGCCCUUAAUUCUGCUGCUGGUUACAUCACUGGACAGGUAUUAACCAUUGAUGGAGGUAUGGUCAUGUAAAAGCCCUCUGUUAAAUUAUCCUUUAUGUUUCACUGCGGGUCUAGAUUUCCUUCUCCAUGUGAGUGGUGUUUCCGGCCAACUCCACCUGCUUGUAUGCAUUUGUAUCAAGUUUUGCCAAUUGAAAUAAUGCAGUAACAGUUCGAUUUCAUAUGAUAGAUGCCAAAUGCUGAGUUCAUUGUAGCAAUUUCUUUGUCUAAUCAGUUUGUAAGUUAACAAAAACGAACAGAACUAUGAAUUGGCAGUAGGAAGAUCGAUGACAGCAACUUUCCAAUCUUGUUCUUUUCUGAAUAUUGUCCGUGUUAUGAAUAGCUAGUGCUCAAUCUUGUUAUA